UCAAAUGCUUAAAAUCUCUUCCACUCAACACACUAACUCUCUCCUUAUAAAAAACACUACUCUAGCUCAAACUUUCCAACCCUCUCUAACACCAAAAUUCUUUCUCUCUCUCUCUCUCUUUACUCUCAACCUAUUCUCACUCUCAUGGAGUUCCUUUUUUUAUUUUACAUAGUUCCAACAUUGUACUUAUGUUUCCUAAUUUGGAAGUUAUUUGAUAAAAAGAAGGACCAAGAGUGUUACAUAUUAGAUUACCAAUGCUAUAAGCCAACACAAGAUAGAAUGCUAGGGACAGAGUUUUGUGGCAAACUAAUCAAAAGAACUGAGAAUUUGGGUCUAGAUGAGUACAAAUUUCUCCUUAAAGCCAUUGUAAGUUCCGGCAUCGGCGAACAAACUUAUGCGCCAAGAAACAUCUUCGAAGGCCGCGAAGCGUCCGCAACACUGGCAGACGGAAUCUCCGAAAUGGAAGAGUUUUUCAACGACAGCAUCGAAAAACUCCUAUUGAGGUCGUCGAUUCCUCCUUCAGAAAUCGACGUCCUCGUUGUCAACAUCUCAAUGUUCGCGACGCUUCCUUCCCUGUCGUCGCGGAUUAUCAACCGUUACAAAAUGCGAGAUGACAUAAAAGUUUACAACUUAACAGCAAUGGGGUGUAGUGCUAGUCUUAUAUCACUAGACAUUAUUAAAAACAUUUUCAAAACACAAAGUAACAAGUUAGCACUUUUGGUAACAUCAGAAUCACUUUGUCCAAAUUGGUAUCAAGGUAAUGAAAGAUCAAUGAUCUUAACCAAUUGUAUCUUCCGUUCUGGUGGUUGUGCAAUUCUCUUGACAAACAAAAGAUCCUUAAAGAACAAAGUCAUGUUGAAAUUGAAGUGUUUGGUUAGAACACAUCAUGGUGCAAAAGAUGAUUCUUUUACUUGUUGUAUUCAAAAGGAAGAUGAAAAGGGUAGAAUUGGUGUUCAUCUUAGUAAAUCUCUACCAAAAGCAGCUACAAGAGCAUUUGUUGACAAUUUAAGGGUAAUUUCACCUAAAAUUUUGCCAACAAAGGAAUUGUUAAGGUUUCUUGUAGUGACCCUUUUCAAAAAAUUUAGUAUUUCUAGUUCUAGUUCUUCUAAAACUUCUAGUGGAGGAAAAACAAGUACAAAAUCACCAAUAAAUCUCAAAACUGGUGUUGAUCAUUUUUGCAUUCAUACAGGAGGAAAAGCAGUGAUAGAUGGAAUUGGAUUAAGCUUAGAUCUAAAUGAAUAUGAUCUUGAGCCAGCUAGGAUGACACUAAACCGUUUUGGAAACACCUCAGCUAGUAGUUUGUGGUAUGUGUUAGGGUACAUGGAAGCAAAGAAGAGACUCAAAAAGGGUGAUAAAAUUUUCAUGAUUAGUUUUGGUGCUGGAUUUAAAUGCAAUAGUUGUUUGUGGGAAGUAGUCAAAGAUCUUGGAGAUGGAAAUGUUUGGGAAGAUUGUAUUCAUGAUUAUCCACUUGACUCUUUGGUCAAUCCUUUCAUGGAGAAGUAUAGUUGGCUUAAUGAAGUUGAGGAUCCAAACAAUUAUGAAAUUCCUGAUUUUCUCAAGUGAAAUUUAGGUAAUUUAAUUUCAUUCAUUGUUAUGAAAUUAAAUAGUAAAGUUAAGAAAAUAAUAUUAUUCAAGGGGUGUAUCAAAUUUUUUUAAACUAGAUUUCUUGAUAGGGGGAUCGAGUUAUUGGGCAUUAAUUUCAUUUUUAUGUAUAAUACUAUUCACUUGUUAUUGUUUAGUACUCAAUAAGGAGUUUGUCUACUUUUUUUUCAUCUAUAAAUUAUCUCUAUAUAUAUUGUGGGGACAUGGUUGGUUUCUUUU